ACACUGAUAAGCACAAAGCCAGACAGACUGAUUUUUUCUCUAAUAUUAUUUUUCUUGCUAAAAUAAAGUGAUAAGAAUUUAAGAAAUGUAUUUAAAAUUCUAAAAAGUUGUAUUUAAUAAAUUGCCGUAUUCAGUGGAGUAAAUCUUCAAGAUUGCUUAGAAUAUUCUAAAAGUUUAAUAAAAAAAUGUGAAAAUAAAUUUUGGUAGACACCAGCAUUUUGAAAAAGGGGUUGGAAAAAUUUUGUGGGUGGCGGGAGGUAAUUUUGUCUUGCCCCUAAACAGGACAAUUGAAUUAAAAUGGGUACAAUAGCAUCAGUAUUGCAAUGGUCUUGCACAAAUUGCAAUGUUAUCAAUCCAACGGAAUCCUUAAAAUGUCUAAACUGUGGCACAGUGCGCAAGGUAUGUGAAGGCACUCUAAAGCAUUUACCAGAUAGUAAUAGUUUGAGAAUAAGCAAAAAUCCAAAUAAUGGAGGGGGCAAGGAGCCAAGGAUACCGGGAGACAACAAGUCGUCAACAACACUGUCGUCUACUAAUAAACAUCAGCAGCAACAACAAGAACAUCAAAGUCAGCCCCUUCAAGUUACACCCAUCUUAACUCAAGCACUCGAAACUGAACGUGAUGAAACAUUGGCCAACAGGAAUGAAUACAAACGUGUUUAUAAGUCUCUACUAAGAGGUUGUCUUAAACGACCGCAGCGUAAUCAACAAAACCUACCAGCUAAUUGUGUGGACUGUGAGAACACACGAAAAUACGUAAAGAAUUCAAUUGAACUAUUCCAUCAUUUCUCAAAUCCUUCAUUAAAUCGUCGUUGGAUAUGUGAUAGAUGUGACACAGAUAAUAAUUCAGUUACAUGGCACUGUCUGAUUUGCGAUACGGUCAGUUAUUUGGCACCGAUUUAUAAGGAAACUCUAAGUCAUCGAAAAUUACCGCCACAUCAUAAGCAAUCUAGUUUCGAAGGAGGCCAACAUUUUGACAACAAAUCAAAACGCAAUGCUAAAAAAGCGCCAUAUUUUCGUAGAACACAAAGCCUAACAACAGAAAAAUCAUUCUCAUGUCGCAGUUGUCACAUAUGCUUUGUCAACAAUCGUAAAGAUAUUUUCAAUUUACCGGAAACAUUUAUGAAUAAAUAUUCUUCCAAUAGUGGAGCUCAAAGCUCAGAUGAAAUAUUUGGAAGUUCAUUUGGACAACUGCCGCCAUUACAACAGCAGUCUUCAAGACGUUUAAAUCAAUUGGUGGGUGGAAAAGACACAAUUUGUCGAAAGCAUAAUCAGAAUCAGAAUCGCGAACCAAAGUGUAAUUUUACUAUAACGACAUUGUCGCGCACCAAUAAGGCGGUAAAUGAUACUAAGAAAUUUACCAUACCACGCAAUAGUGUGUUCAUUGCAGUCAAUGAUUGUUGGGCAACACAAGACUUGGACACUCACAAAGGUGUGGUGGGUGGCUGUGGGAAAACAGGGGGCGCUGUAAGUGGUAGCUUAGGAUCCACAGAUACUUGUAGUGCAUCAGGAGCUAUUGGUGUUGGUGAUGAAAAGAGAAGACAUCGCCAGCCGGUUAUAAAGGCUGAAUCCCUGCCUCAAUAUUGUGAUAAAAGCGAUAGUAUCGAACGAAAGUCCAUUCAGAGGCGCAGUUCGAACGAGAGUGCUAGUAUUGGUGGCAUAUGUUAUGCAACAUUCAGCAAAGGAAUGUAUAAACCACAGCACAUUUAUGAGAAUGAUUGCAUCAUACAAAGAUCACCAGCUGCAACAGGUCGCGGAUGUGGUACUUCAAUAACGAAACCUUCUACACCAGUCUCGCUGCAAUGUACAGAUUCAUCGGAUGAUAAUGGCAGUAAUGGUAUGGCAUCUGGAAAUGCCUGUGCAACCAAUCAUCCACUAUAUGCCGUGGUCAAUAAGAAUAACAAGACGAAAAAUAAACAAUCAAGUGAAUUGAUCGCCGCAGCAGCUCUUUUAAAGCAACAGCAAACAGCAAAUGAUUGUACACCAACGAAUAAUUUAUUGUUAAACAAUAACAACAAUACUACCAAUAGUAAUAGCAACAACAAUAUUAAAUUAAAGACAAACAUCCAUCCUUCCAGUUCUUUAACUUGUACUGCUGAUAGCACGUCCGAUAUCAUGGGCAAUAUGUUGCAAACCGAAUCAAACAUUCUAGAGGGAAACGAUGGUGACCACCAUCAUCAUCAGCAGUCGCAGCAGCAGCAUCAUUAUUUACAUCAGGGUUUAGCGCCCAACAAGACAACAUCAUCAUCGUCGCAAUCAUUUGAUCCAAUGAUAACAACAACAUCCAUUACAGCUGAUAUGAGAAGCGACAGCAAUGCAGAACAUUCCAUAUAUGCCAAAGUAUGGAAAGGUCCACGAAAGACCAGUGAAUCCAAAAUAUCAAAUGCCCCAACAUCUUCGUCAAAUCGUAUUGGUGAUAAUAUAAGUGGAUCAGCGGCCGGUACCCGAACUGACAAUAAUUCAAUUCCAAAUUCACGUAGAAUGUGGACUUGUACAAACUGUUCCUAUGCAUACAAUCGUAUGUGGACUGAACGUUGCGAAAUUUGUGAAAAUCUGCGUACUCUACCCUCUUUAACUCAACCCAAUUUAAUAACAGUUACCAAAACAGAUUCAACAACGACUGAAAACAUACAGCGAUCCAUCGAUACUUGGACAUGUAAAAAAUGUACUCUGGUCAACUCGAGCAAAGAUCAUGCUUGCGUUGUAUGUGGUGGUUCUAAAUUGAAGAGUAUAUCAUCUGUCGAAGACAUGACACUACGUAAGGGAGAAUUUUGGACUUGCUCACAAUGUACUUUGAAGAAUUCAUUGGCUUUUGGGGUUUGUAGUGCUUGUAAAGCUGUUAGAACACUGCCAAUUGAAAGUGAUAGAGAACGUAUUGUUGUUCCAAUACCUGAAGAAUUACAUCGUAGUAUGAAUCAUAGUGGUGCUAGUAAUGUUUUUAUUUCGGAUACAAUUUCACCGCCGUCUGCUCAUCAGCGAAUAAUGCCAACCAGUGUUACGCCAACUACAAAUCUUCAACUUCCGCCUAUUCGCACUUCUAGAAGUCCCUCGCCACGACAAAAUCGUACAGCUUCCGGAGCUAUUCCUAAACGACACAGUACGGGUGGCGGUGCAGGUAUUGUGUCGCGCAAUACGACACCUAUUGCUACAACCUCGGCCAGCAAUGGUAGCGGAAGCGGCGGCGGUAGUAGUGGGAGUCAGCAGAUAAAUCGACAUAGUUCGAGUGGGAGUUCUGUUGCGAGUGGUUCUUUAAAAACCUGGCAAUGUCCAGCAUGCACGUAUGAAAAUUGCUCAGCCUCAGUGGUUUGUGAAAUGUGUUCGAGUCCUAGAGGUCUAGUUAAUAAUAUUACCAAAAUGGCGCUGCUACAUAAAACCAAUAGACAUUCUGCUGAGUUGCAACAGGAAAGCAAAUUAAUGGAGAAUCUCCGACGAAUAGAAGAGGCCGAGGCAUUGCACAAGUGGGAGAAUAUAAUACAAUACUGCCGAGACAAUAAUGAACUCUUCGUAGAUGACUCAUUUCCUCCAGCACCCAAGAGUCUCUAUUAUAAUCCACAACAAAGUAUGGCCGAAGGAAAUCCAGUAGUACAGUGGCGUCGUCCUCAUGAAAUAAACUGCGAUGGCGGAGCAUUUCCACCUUGGGCCGUAUUUCGAACACCAUUGCCUUCGGACAUCUGUCAAGGUGUUUUGGGAAACUGUUGGCUUUUGAGUGCUCUGGCUGUGUUGGCCGAACGUGAAGAUCUUGUUAGAGAAGUUUUAGUAACCAAAGAGAUAUGUCCCCAGGGAGCUUAUCAGGUGCGCCUGUGCAAGGAUGGUAAAUGGACAACGGUGCUAGUGGAUGAUCUUUUACCAUGUGAUAAGCGCGGCCACCUAGUCUACUCUCAAGCAAAACGCAAACAACUCUGGGUGCCACUGAUCGAAAAGGCGGUGGCAAAAAUUCACGGCUGCUAUGAAGCAUUAGUAUCAGGCCGUGCCAUUGAAGGUUUGGCCACACUAACAGGAGCUCCUUGUGAAAGCAUACCCCUGCAGGCCAGUUCCCUGCCCAUGCCUAGUGAAGAUGAACUAGAUAAAGACCUUAUCUGGGCGCAAUUGUUAAGCUCUCGAGGCGUGCGUUUUCUUAUGGGUGCUAGUUGCGGUGGUGGCAAUAUGAAAGUAGAUGAGGAUGAGUAUCAUCGCAAAGGUCUCAGACCACGUCAUGCGUAUUCUGUCCUCGACGUAAAGGACAUACACGGUCAUCGGCUGCUGAAAUUGCGCAAUCCAUGGGGUCAUUUUUCGUGGCGCGGUGACUGGUCGGACGAUUCUGACCUUUGGACGGAAGAAUUGCGUGAGACUUUAAUGCCACACGGAGCAUCAGAAGGCGUUUUUUGGAUUUCAUUUGAAGAUGUGUUGAAUUAUUUUGACUGUAUUGAUAUUUGCAAAGUACGUUCAGGAUGGAAUGAAGUACGAUUGAAGGGAACUCUACAACCAUUGUGUUCAAUGUCAUGUGUUUUGCUAACGGUAUUAGAACCAACCGAAGCUGAAUUCACACUGUUCCAAGAGGGCCAAAGAAAUUCCGAAAAAUCGCAACGUUCCCAGUUGGAUUUAUGUGUGGUAAUAUUUAGAACACGAUCACCGGCUUCUCCCGAAAUAGGACGUUUAGUGGAACACAGUAAACGUCAGGUUCGAGGCUUCGUUGGUUGUCAUAAAAUGUUGGAACGUGACAUUUACUUAUUAGUUUGUUUGGCAUUUAAUCAUUGGCAUACAGGGCUUGAGGAUCCCCACCAGUAUCCACGCUGUAUUUUAGCCAUCCACAGUUCAAAGCGUUUGCUUGUAGAACAAAUAACUCCACCACCACAUCUCUUGGCUGACGCCAUCAUCAGUUUAACUCUAACAAAAGGACAACGUCACGAGGGCAGAGAAGGAAUGACAGCAUACUACUUAACAAAGGGUUGGGCAGGACUUGUGGUAAUGGUCGAAAAUCGCCAUGAAAACAAAUGGAUACAUGUCAAGUGUGAUUGCCAAGAAAGUUACAACGUUGUCUCUACCAGAGGUGAAUUGAAAACAGUUGAUUCUGUGCCACCACUUCAGAGACAAGUUAUAAUUGUACUUACACAAUUGGAAGGCAGUGGUGGUUUUAGUAUUGCCCACCGUCUAACUCAUCGCUUAGCCAACUCUCGUGGUCUUCAUGACUGGGGCCCUCCAGGUGCAACACAUUGUCCGCCAAUUGAAAGUGUGCAUGGCUUACAUGCUCCUCGUUUAAUAACAUAAGCGGAUCAAAUUCCAAACCAAAAUUUUAUUACCCUCACCAAACAUUCUAGUCGUCGUUGCUAUUGUCAUAAUUAAUUAAAA